AGCAGGCAUCGCAGUACAGAUCGGUUGUUUUUGCUCACACAAAUCCUGACAAUCCAUAGGACAGCUUGCAUUGACGGCAUCAUCUUGUUCGACAGUAUCAUUUACUACCCUUCCGCGCCACCUCUGUAGAUGAUGUCGUCUGGAUUCGACAGGAAAACCUUUCUGCGCCUCUCCUAGAACCUACCUCAUGUCUCGAGAGGUAUGCGCGACCCUCAAGCAUCUCCGACGUUCAGACCUAAGUCUGAGGAGCCUACCAUGGCUUCACACAACGGUCAAUCACAUGUCGGACUGGGAUUUGAUAUGCCCUACCGCACAAGACCUGCGACACAGGGACACAAUCAACCUCCAGCACGUGGCUUCACUGAGGACGUUGCUCACUAUUCGACCGGCAGUGCGUUUCAAAGACAUUCACAAAUAAAUGGUACGGCGUCUAGUCAGCAGAAUGGAGUAUCACCUAGGAUCAUACCAGAGUCCGAAGACUACCUAUCUGCGAAGCCAUUUCCUCUGCAUCGAACAAAAAGUGACCUAGGUCCACGAGCAAAAGGAGGAAUAGCAAGUCCACAGUCAGAAGACAAGUUGGCACACAUUCGACAUGGCUGGGACGAUGAAUACACAUCGAACGAGUAUCUUUCAUUGUUGCACUCGACAUUCUACAUGUACUACACAGAGAAGAGGCAUGAAAGCAACGGUUCACAGUCGCAAGAGUCAAAGCAAUAUCCUAGUGUGGACUGGCGGAUGAAAGAUAGGAUGAAAACCGUUUCUGCCGCACUAGCAAUUUGCUUGAACAUCGGCGUGGAUCCUCCCGAUGUGAUCAAGACCAAUCCUACAGCUAAACUGGAGGCAUGGGUCGACCCUACCGGAAGCAGCAGCGGUUCAACCAAGACAAUGGAGCAAAUCGGAAAGCGCUUACAAGAACAGUACGAGUCAUUGAGUCUGAGGACCAGAUAUAAACAGUACCUGGAUCCUUCCAUUGAUGAGACAAAGAGAUUCUGCAUAUCGUUGCGACGUAAUGCGAAGGACGAGAGAGUCUUGUUCCACUACAACGGCCACGGAGUACCUCUUCCCACUGCUUCUGGCGAGAUCUGGGUCUUCAACAAGAACUACACUCAGUACAUACCGGUUGGCAUCUAUGAUCUGCAGUCAUGGCUUGGAGGACCCAGCCUUUUUGUCUACGAUGUCUCACAUGCUGGCAAUAUCGUGGCCAAUUUCGAUACUUUCCUCGCUAAGCACGAAAAGGAGAACGAGGAGGCCAAGAAGAAAGAUCCCAACGCUCCUCUACAGAACUACGCAGAUUGCAUACAGCUAGCAGCUUGUGGCAGAACCGAGAUGCUCCCAACCAACCCAGACCUCCCAGCGGAUUUGUUCACUUGUUGUUUGACGACUCCCAUUGAUAUCGCCUUGAGGUGGUUCGUCCUGCAGAAUCCACUUCCUCAUGGCCCUUGUCCUUCACUCGAGGACGGAAAGAUCCCUGUACCGGGCCGUCUUCAGGACCGCCGGAGUCCUUUGGGAGAGUUGAACUGGAUCUUUACGGCCAUUACCGAUACUAUCGCGUGGAACAUCCUGCCUCGACCGUUGUUUAAGAAACUUUUCCGUCAAGAUCUCAUGGUCGCUGCGCUCUUCCGCAACUUCUUGCUGAGUGAAAGAAUCAUGAGAGCGAAUCAUUGCCAUCCCAUAUCAUCCCCAGUACUGCCCGAGACACAUCAUCACCCGCUGUGGCAGAGCUGGGAUCUCGCAAUGGAAAUGGUCCUUUCACAAUUACCGAUGCUUCGAGAGGCCGAAGAAGGAAAGCGUGUAUACGAAUAUCAACAUUCGAACUUCUUUGCGGAACAACUCACUGCAUUUGAAGUGUAUUUGACUUCUGGACCGACCAAAGACCACGCCCCAGACCAGCUACCGAUCGUUCUCCAAGUGCUCCUGAGUCAAGUUCAUCGGCUGCGAGCUUUGAUUCUUUUGAGCAAGUUUCUCGACCUUGGUCCUUGGGCCGUUCAUCUCGCCUUGAGUAUUGGAAUCUUCCCUUAUGUAGUGAAGCUUCUCCAAGCGGCGUCACUUGAGCUCAAGCCUGUCAUGGUCUUCAUCUGGGCUCGAAUCAUGGCUGUCGACUACACCGUGCAGAGUGAUCUGUUGAAGGAUAAUGGUAUCCAUUAUUUCAUUUCCAUCAUGAAUCCACGUUCCGACAUACCCGUUGGUAAUGCCAGCGAGCAUAGGGCUAUGUGUGCAUUCAUCGUGGCAAUAUUCUGCAAACGGUACCCUCCUGGCCAAACCGUGUGUCUGCUGCCUGAGCUUUUCAACGCGUGCCUGCUGAACAUGGCAGAGCCAGAAAAUCCUCUGCUACGGCAGUGGUCUUGUCUGUGUCUCAGUAUGUUGUGGUGCGACUAUGCCGAUGCCAAAUGGAUGGGGAUACGAUGUAUGGCUCACGCGAGGUUGUGUGAGCUAUCCCUUGAUCCUGUCCCGGAAGUUCGAGCUGCGAUGCUGCAUGCUCUCACGAAUUUCCUUGGUAUCCCUGAUUUGACAGAUCAAGUUUGUCAAAUCGAGGAAGGCAUCGCUUCGUCAGUGCUGUUCAUGACCUCAGACGGCAGCAGCUUGGUGCGAAAAGAGCUGGUUGUUUUUCUCUCUGCAUUUGUCAAGCGAUACGAGAAUAAGUUUCUCGUGGUCGCUUAUGAGCAGCUUGUGGAGGAAAGAGACAGGCAUCCAUACAAGGAUAGCGAUGCCAACGGAUUUGAGGCGUGUGACCCUCACCCUCCCAUUUCGGCAAACACUAUCUAUGGCUGCAUCUGGCUGCAGAUUCUGGUACUAUCCGUCGACCCGCAUCCCGAAAUCGCACGGAAUGCUUCCAUCAUUGUUGAUGAUAUUCACGACACGUUGAUGCAUAAUUCCCCUCUGAGCCAGGUGGCUCUCAAGGUCGUUGAGGAUUUGUUACGGUUCUCCAAGCGAGCAGAAACUCAGAUCAAAAAGGUCCCAUCAAUGAACUCCCUGAGACUAACGGACAAGCGCCCUGGAACCCCACCACCUCAGAUGCAGAAACAAGCGAGUUAUCUGUCUCUCAGCUUGAAACGAGCAGGCACUUCCUUACGCAAUCUCGCAUUUGGUGCAAGUUCAGACAAUCUCAAUGCUUCCAGGGAAAGCAGCCCCCAGACAUCUCCCAGCAAAAGCAGGGAACCAGCGCGCCCAGUCAAUACCCCUCGAGGCCGUCUCCCCGCUGAGUGGAGUCGACCACCAGAGACUUCCGAUGCCCAGGGCAGCGCAGGUCACUAUCUGUCAGCGACCUUGCCGACCUCAGCCGGCUUCGUGCCUCUCGACCCGAGGAAGAAACAAUAUUUGCCGCUAGAAAGCACCCUACUCGAAUGGUCCACCGAAUACUUCCGCGAACCACAGAUGCGAGCCAACGACCCCGACGAACCAGGUUCAGCAGACUACAAUUCCCGCCUUUGGCGACGCAACCGCAACGAGAAGAUCAUUGCAGACAAUCAGCCCCUCAAGGGCGUGGCAGGUAGUUCAAAAUGGACACGUCUCGAAGGGUUCCUCAACAACCAGAAUCAGCCAAUGCGCCUGGCUUUCCAUCAAUUCGACGAUCAUCUCGCUGUAACGGACGAUCGAGAUACUGUGACAAUCUGGGAUUUCCAGCGUAACGAGCAGCUCAGCCGCUUCAGCAACGGCAACCCCAUAGGAAGCCGCAUCAACGACACCAAAUUCCUGAAUGAAGACGACCAGCCCCUCCUGAUGGUCGGGAGUAGCGAUGGCGUGUUGAAAGUGUACCGCAAUUACCAAUCCUCAGACGAGGUGAAAAUUAUCACCGCAUUUCGGGCGUUGACAGAGCUGAUCCCCAGCAACAAGAAUGCCGGAUUGGUGUUUGACUGGCAGCAGGGCCAGGGCAAGGCAUUGGUUGCAGGCGAUGUUAAGGUCAUCAAGGUCUGGAACGCAGCAACCGAGCUGUGUGUCGGCGACAUUCCGGCCAGGAGCUCGAGUUGCGUGACCAGCCUGACGAGUGAUCAAGUUGCGGGCCAGAUUUUCAUCGCGGGUUUCGGGGACGGAGUUGUCAGGGUUUUCGAUCAGAGGCUCAAUCCGAGGACCGCGAUGGUCAAGAUUUGGAGAGAGCAUCGUCAGUGGAUUACAAAUGUCCACAUGCAGCGCGGUGGCGUGCGCGAGUUGAUAUCCGGGAGUCGAAAUGGAGACGUCAAGUUGUGGGAUCUGAGGAGUGACAAGGCCGUUUUGACGGUCGCUGCGACCUCAAGCGGUAGGCAUGAUGGUGCAAAUGCCGGUAGCGACGGUACUGGUGCUGGUGGUGGCUAUGUGCCAUUGCUCAGGAGUCUGUCUGUGCACGAGCAUGCGCCUGUCUAUGCGGUGGGAACGGAUAAGCACGAAGUCCGGACGUACAACACAAACGGCGAUGCUCUGGGUGUGUUUGAGCCACUGCCCAGUCGUCUGGCUCAGGUUGUGGGCGGCAGCCUCGCAGGAAGAGGGAGCCAGAGUCCGAUCGUCGCGACGGCGUAUCAUCCGCAUCGAAUGUUGCUGGCAUGUGCGGCUUUGGGCGAUGGGCAUGUUAGCUUGAUGAGCUACUAACACGACCCUAGGUAUGGACGGGGCAUGAGGCAUGAAUGAAACGCCCGUCGAGUACUCCGUAGUCAUGAGCAAAGAUCCUCUUUCCGGUGAGGGGAGGGACGGAGGUUGCUGUCACUUUGUCAGGUUUCUCUUUCUUUUUCCUUUUCCCACCUCGAAUGAGCGCAUCUAUUCAGCACCAAGGAGGAUCAGGCUGCGGCUGUGCUUUUCGACAGGGUUGGAUGAGGUAUGAUGAGGAGUUGGGAUGCCCUUUAUUUGCUGGGCUGGGGGCCUUCGCAUAGCAUGGCGCACGAUGCUCAUCAAGCGUGAACUACUACCUACGUACCUUAAUGGGAUUAAUACUGGCAAAUGAAGAUUACGACUUCACACGUAGUUUGGAGUCGAUGUGCG